AUGUCUCGCUCAUCAAAAGAAGAUUGGGUUUGUAGUGAUCCAAAAUGUAAAAAUGUGAAUUUUGCUAAAAGGGACAAGUGCAACCGUUGUGACAAGCCUAGGAAAUUUGUGGCUUCAGGUAAUGCUGGUUUAGAGGUCGGGAAACAGCUAGCUGAAAAAAGCAAAGGUCUUUUCAGUCCAGAUGAUUGGAUUUGUAAGACAUGUGGAAAUAUCAACUGGGCACGUCGAAGUACCUGCAACGUGUGCAAUGGAUCGAAGGUCGACAUACAAGGCGAAAGAACAGGUUAUGGUGGAGGGUUUAUGGAGCGUGAUGAAGUAGUAGAGUACAGAGAACGCAGAGACUCAGAUGAUGAGUUUGAUGAAUUCGGUCGUAAAAAGAAAAGCUUUCGAAAAAAUCAGAGUGAGCAAUCUAGCAACCAUGACUCGUCCAAUUUGGGUAACAAUUCUGUUACACGAGUUCAUGAUAAAGAUGAUGAGGACGAAAAUGGCAAUAAUAAAGGUGAUGAUAGUGAAGAUGAAGAUUCUGGUGAUGAUGCUGAUCUCUCAAAGUAUGAUAUUUGGGGGGCAGGAAACAACGAUUCGGAUGAUGAGUUAUCAAAUCAACGAAAACCUGCAUCUUCACAAGAAGCUGCAAAAAACAAGUCACGAAGUCAUAGCCACUCUUCUUCUUCGGAUUCAGACUCGGAUUCUUCCUCAUCUUCUAGCCAGACCUCACAUUCAUCACACUCUGACUCAUCAUCAAGUUCCCACAGUGAAGCAUCUUCCAAACUCGAAAAUCAAUCCAAUAGCAAACGAUCUCAUCCUAACAACGGGAAUGCAGACAAUGAUAGUGACAACUCAACUCGUGUAAACCACAAACGAAAAAAACAAUAA